AUGAUUGACACGGGCAGCAGUGUGAACGUCUUGUAUAUAGAUGUCUUUCAGGAACUCAUGCUUGACCCGAUGGAGCUUACCCCGUUCGGAACCCCUCUGUCCGGUUUCACUGGCGACACCAUUCAUCCUGAAGGAAAGAUAGCACUACUGGUAGAGAUCGGCAGUCACCCCCAGGUUGUAAAAACUGCGAUUGAAUUUAUCGCCGUUAACCUGCAGUGCGUCCAUAACGCCAUCCUAGGGCGACCGGCAAUUGUUUCGAUUGGGAGAAUCAUCUCCAUGCCCCAUCUGUGCAUGAAGUAUCCAACCCUGGAGGGAGUUGGCAUUGUUCGGGGCGAUAUUCGGUCAGCCAGGAAGUGUUACCGUAAAGCGGUGGAUCGGAAGGAAGCAUGGAACUCCCAAGUGUCCCUCCGCCUAGGACUUUCAAAUCGCAAACCGAGCGCAUCUCGCUAUCGUUAG